AUGCGCUUUGGCAGAGCAGCGGCUUAUGUCGCGUUUGCGGGUUGGAUAGGGGCAGGCCUGGCGCACAACAUCGCUCUCAAAGCACACACCAGAGAAUGUUUCCACGAGGAAUUGCACAAGGACGACAAGAUGACGGUGACCUUCCAAGUGGGCGACCGCGAGUUUGGAGGUGCUGGGAACUUGGAAAUUGAUUUCUACAUCACCGAUCCUUCCGGCUCUUACGAAACACAACUCAACUCGGUCUCGUCGGGCGACUACUCGUUCGAUGCCCGCAUGGAUGGGAAAUACACCUACUGCUUUAGCAACGAGCAUUGGUCCGCCAACAGCAAGGAGGUCUCCUUCAACGUCCACGGCAUUGUCUAUGUCCCUGAGUCCGAGGCGCCUCAAGAUCCGCUAGAAACUGAAGUCCGCCAACUCUCCGAUCUCCUCGCUCAAGUCAAAGACGAGCAAGCUUACAUCGUCGUCCGCGAGCGAACACACCGAAAUACUGCAGAAAGCACAAAUUCAAGAGUCAAAUGGUGGUCGAUAUUCCAAUUGGGCGUGUUGAUAGGAGAAGGAGUAUUCCAAGUGUGGUGGUUGAAGCGAUUCUUCGAGGUGAACAGCCGACCCCUCCCAUGA